AGGGGCGGCGCUUGGUGUGACGUCAUUCAGACGCGCCGUUUAUUGCCGGAAGUAGUGAGAGCAGCCCAUGUGGGGGGACGAGGGUGCGCCCAGCCGCUCAUGACAAUGGCCAAUCCCUUGAGAGGAGAAGUCGUCAGACUGUAUAAGAAUCUUCUGUUCCUGGGCCGAGAGUACCCCAAGGGGGAGAGUUACUUUAGGGAGCGCCUGAAAAGGGCCUUUCUGAAGAACAAAGAUGUCAGGGAUCCGGAGAAGAUCAAGGAACUGAUUGGCCGGGGGGAGUUUGUGAUCAAGGAGCUGGAAGCCCUAUACUUUCUCAGGAAAUACCGGGCUAUGAAGCAGAGGUACUAUGAGGACAAGGAGAGUCCCUGAGUCCCGAGGAUCAGUCCCGGCGGGGAAAGGGUUACCUGUCACAAUGGUUAUCAAAGUGUUAAUGCUGAAAAUAUAAUAAACCAAUGUGUUGGAAGGACUG